AUAAGAAGAAUUUUUUUUUUGUGGAGCACAAAAAAAAAGCUCUCACUUUGUCUCUUUCUUAUACUUUGAUCUCAUCUACGCAUUAAAUUCAUUGAUUCUCUCUCUGUUCAUUUAGUCCAUAAACAGAUUGUAGAAUUUUCUGUAAACUUUUUUUAAGUUUUUUUUUUUUUUUUUUUUUACUUUAUGGAUACGUAUUCUGUUCAUGAGGAAAAAAAGCAAAUAGGAAGGCGAGUGGGAGAAAGAAAGAUAGAAAAGUAUUCCUUUUAAGUUCUGUAAACAUUAUUCCAAUAUAAGCAGAAGAAAAAGGAAUAAUUAUAAUUUCUAAAGUUCUCUGCUUAUAUUUAUCUCUGUAUCUGCAUCUGCUUCUACUGAUUGACGAAUAACGAUGUCGAUGAUCAGCGAUGCAAUGGUGAUGAAAUCAGCAGAUUCACAAACAGUUAAAGCAAAACUUACAGCACCAAUAGAUGUUGAUUUCGCUAAAUGCGAUUGCUGCGGUUUGAUAGAGGAAUGCACUCUAUCAUAUAUAGAAACAAUUCGCCAGCGGUAUCAAGGGAAGUGGAUUUGCGGAUUGUGUGCUGAGGCAAUCAAAGACGAGAUCAUACGUUGCGAGAUGCUUAUCAGUACUGAAGAGGCCUUGAAUCGUCACCUCAACUUCUGUAAGAACUUCAGUUCGUCUAGCCCGCCUUUAAAUCCGACUGUUCAUUUAAUCGCUGCGAUGAGGCAGAUUUUGAGGAGGAGUUUGGAAUCUCCCAAGUUGCUUAGGUCGAUGUCUAGUAGUCCAGCAGAAAAUAGUGGAGAGAUGAAACACGCUGUGAUUAUUCGAUCGGAGAGUUGUAUCCCAGCAAUUUCGUUGGGAUUGGAUGGAGGUUGUGAAUGAAACAUUGAAUUCGUUUUCAACUCAGGCAUGUUGGGGAAAUUACUCAAGUAACGUGUUAAUUUAUCUCCGAAGUGAUAAGACAACAGGGCAAUUGGCAGUUCUAUUAUGGAAUGGAAUAGUACUACUUGCUCUAAAUUUACUGUUUGUCAGUGUGUUUGAAUUGUAGUACUAACAUUUACUUUGCCCAACAGAUUUUGCAGUUUUGAUUAGCUCUUUAUGUAUCCUGUAAAUAUUUAUUUAUGAGAAAGCCUUCUUUUAGCUUACAAGCUA